AUGAGCACCCCUCAGAAUGGCGUGGAUUCCUCGCGCAUUAACAAGGAUGCGGCGAGGGCGGCCAUGAGCCGUAUGCCCGCCCCCGGCCAGAAUCGACCCGGCGUCGAUGCCGAAGUCUUCGCGCAGCGUCAACUGCAGGAAAACUCGAAUCCCAAGACGCAGCAGGCUCUUCCCACAGCAGGCCCGGGCUCGCAUCCUUGGAUCGCUCUGGGUAAGAAUCAGUCGAGCACCGCGACGACCCGUAAGAAGAUCGUCAUCCCGCCUCCUCACGCCUACUGA